CACUCUGUAUUUCUCUUCAGUUCAGCAUCCAGGGUUUUCCCAUUCGACUCUGCUCAAGAUUGACUCGUUGGUGAUUGAUUCAAUCGUUCAAUAGUUACCAUCUGGUUGAUUGAUUAGAGAUUCUACUUAUAACAAAAAAUACAUCUUCAUCUUCAUCUUCAUGUUUUGGUAAUUUGAGGAAUUAGAUUUUGAUUUUUACUUCAAGACCUUGAAAUCGAAUUUCAGAAGCUACAAAUCAUCAGCCAUUUAUACACUCAAAGAUUAGGGUUUUUGUUUCUGUUCAGAGUGGUGGUGGUUCAUAACUGCAAAUUGGAAAUUAGGGUUCUGAAACAACAAAAUUUGGUGGGUUUUCUAAGGUUUGCUUACUUUUCGGUUUUAGUUAAGAAUGGAAGAAACAAGAAAUGCACCAUUUGUUAAUGGGGAAGAUAGAUUUAGUAGGUUACCUGAUAAUCUAAUUCAUCAUAUCUUGUCUUUCAUUGAUACAAAAUAUGCUGUUCAGACUUGUGUGUUCUGUCCAAAAGAUGGGUCGAUACUUGGAAAUCUCUACCGUUUCUGAUCUUUAAUAGGAGUUCGUUUUCGGGCGAGGAUACCGAGAGGUUCAUAGAAUUCGUUUACAUGGUAUUCAUGUUUCGCGACCACACCAAUAUUCAGAAGUUGAGUGUGCCUUGGGAGGGUGCUGCAUCUGGUGAUUCGGUGGUAGUGAAUGUCAAUAGAUGGAUCCUUUUUGCUAUUAAGCAAGAUGUUCAAGAAAUAACUAUAAGAAUCGGUGAAAGUCAUGUUGCAGCAUAUGAAAUUCCUCACCGACUCUUGAAUUGUAAAUCACUGAGAAAGCUGGAAAUUUACAUGUAUGGUAAUGGCAGAUAUACAGAUAUUAUUCUACCAAAAUCAAUGAAUUUAACUCAGCUUAAAGUACUAAUUUUAGAGGGAUUAUCAUUCUCCAAUGUAGAACUACGUAAAAGACUCAUAUCAAGUUGUCCAGUUCUUGAAAUUUUAACGGCAAUCGAUUGCGAUUUACAGACUGAUAAUCACAGAGAGUCAGAUGUACUAAACGAACAACGGAUACUUGUACUCUCGGGCAGGAAGCAAGAAAACGAUGGCAAUGGAACUUGCUAUGACAGCUAACCCGAUCAUCACCCCUGCAAGUAUCCUGUCCCGUUUUGUCGAGAUUCCAUGAGCAUCUCUGCGGACAGCAAAAAAAAAAAAACGAAGGUAAGUUCAAUUACUUGA